AUGAGUGAUGAAGACACCCACGAGGUCGGCGCUCGUAAGCAAGAUUCGCACGCAGGAGAAGGCCGCUUGCCUGCAAGUCCCGCAAACUCGGAUUUAAGUGCCAUGGUUUCGGAUGAAGAUCCUUUUAGCAGAUCAGGUUCUCGAUAUGUUCUCGCGGGGCGCGUUAGGUCCGAUCCUUCAUUUGUCUUCUGUAGCUCUAAAGUCAUGGAAUCGAAGGCCUCACAUUUCACACGGAGACAAAACAUUCUCGAGUUGCGGCAGAUAGUGUCAGUACCUUCUAUCGAGACUGCCUCAAGAGCCUCGCGGCAGAAUGAUACUGACGGCGUCGGUCAGCCAAUGGAGAUGCUGCGCCCAACCGUGACUGUCUGGCUACUGCAACAUGGUCACUGUGACCGAGUCGCCGCUAGUACUACCGCUGUCGCACCUCUCGAACCUGAACGAUCCUGGUCAUCGGCGCCUGAACUCUGGGGAGAGCUACCCAAGCAAUUGACUGCCAUUCAGCCACCGCCUCAGGCUGUGGGCAGCAGCAGUCAUUCCAACGUUGAUUCUUUUACAGCUGAUUUCUUCCAGUCCAACGUGAACGAGUCAAGUACCAGCGUCCCGCGGCUACAUAUUCACGGUGAUCAUGAUGAUAACCUUGGCUAUCACCACGGAGAUCCCUAUGAUCGCGAUUACAGGCCCACAAGUGCCCAUAACGUUAAUGUCACCAACGAUCCCUACCAUGACCACAACAACUACGGCAGAAGCCAGCGGCCGCAGCCUGACCUGCCAGUACAAGCCCCAGUAAUCCAAAACCCUCCCAGUUUCUUUCAGAACCCUCCAAAUCUGUCCCUGUGGCCGAUCCACCAUUCGGACGCCCACGAACAUGUUAGCUCAUCGUCACAUGUUAAUCUGCCUCCGGCUAUUGAGGCUCCACCUCAUGCGUUUGACAUUCCCCUCAAUAUUGUUGAUAAGAAGAUGAACCGAGGGCGCAAAGUUGGCCCUCAGUAUCACACAGCAGCAUCCGGCCGACGGUCCAACUCAAAAUGUACGAGUGUCGUACAACCAGGGUCUUUGCGAGUCAUUCAGGUAGUCAUCUUACCACCGCAGUUUAUCGAUCAAGUGAAGGAAGACGCUCACGCUCACAUGGUGAAAUUCACAUUCGAAAACUCCUUUUUUCUCGCCGAUGAAACUUUAACGCAUUUGGCGAAUCACGCGCUUGACACUGCAGUCGCUCAGUAUUCAAACACUCAUCGACGUAAAACAGCGGAGCUCAAUAAAUGGAGAAAGUGUAUUGACGCUAAAGGCAAGAUCAGCAGGCUCAGGAGCGUUCCGACCACCAUCAUCGACACCUUUAGGGCGUGCGGACGCCUCGUAGUCUUCGUCGCAUAUGAACUAGCCCUGCCGGUCACUGCCCAGCGCAGGCAAUCAACCCAAUCAGCUCGCAUUGACAGGGUUGAGUCCUUACUACUAAACGAUUCAUUCCUUGACGGAUUCUUGGAGCAGUUCCUGGUACCCCUCGCAAAUCGCGCGAUCACUAACAUUUUGGAGAUCAUGUUGUCGGAGCAACAAUAUGGUCGCUACAUCUUCGAUGGCACAGAUAAAUGGAGGCUGCGGCUUUCGAACACUUUCUUUCUCGGAGGAACAACAUAUCACGUUUCUCGAUUUGAUCCCACAGAAAGGUCCAUGUUUGAUGGAUUGCUCGAUAACGAAUGUUAUCUCUUAACGGGUCACACAUAUUCCUCCAGCUCUAGAUCUCCAUAUGAUUUUGGUGUCGAAUGGUGGGUGCAGACCAACUUGGAAGCGAAGGAGAGGUGCCAGCUAGGAAAUAGACAAGGUCAUAUUGACAAGGACGCUCCAGUUUAG